AUGAAUCUGUGCAUCGUCGGGUGCGGCGGGAUUGGGUGCGAGGUUGCGAAGCUGGUUGUCCAGGCCCCCGCUCGCUAUGCCUCUGUAGCAGUCAUAGACAUGGACAGCAUUGAGCUUUCGAAUAUCAAUCGUCAGUUUCUCUACAGUAGGGACGACGUGGGUCGCGAGAAGGCACAUGUCACUGCGGACUAUCUCAGGGCAAAGGCGCCAUCACUAAGGGUUAACUCUUAUAGUGAGACGGUUAUCAACCCAAAGCGCUUUGGUCCGUCCUUUUUCUCUCAAUAUGAUGUCACCGUAACGUGUCUUGACGCCUUCGCUCCCAGGCAAUAUGUGGGUGAGAUGUGCUGGUUCGCCAAUAAACUUUUGGUAGAUGCUGGGACAUCUGGCCUGUCUGGUUCCGUGACUGGCUACCCUCCUGCUUUGUACUGGCUGUCCGAGGACCCGACAGUAGAGUGCUAUAACUGUUAUAAUAGGGACACACGUAUAGACAUUCCUAUAUGUACCAUGAAGAAUAAGCCGACGCGGCCCGAGCACUGUGUCAGUUAUUCCAUUCUUCUUGUGCAGCGUAUGUACGACGUUGACCCGUUUUCCGAACUCACUGAGUACACACCUAUUGACUGUAGUGGCUCGAUUGACAAGCUCUUAUCUGAGUUAGCUCGCUUCCUCUACUAUAGCUUCAAAACUCACCUUUUAGACAAUCCAUCCGCCUCUGCAGUGCUGGACAUGGAGGACAUAAAUAAGGCAAGGCAAGCUGUUACUCAUUUGUUGGCUGCAUCAGAGCACGAAGACGGAGCGAUUCAGCCCUGCAUAAAGCAGACAUCUCUCUCGGUUAGCUAUACUUUACAUGAGCAUAUGUCCGUUGAGCAGGCUUUAAAGGAAGUGUUCAUCAGCGCUACAGCGCUUGCAAGAUCCAUUGCAUGUAAGGCGUAUACCCUUACCACGUAUGACAGAGACAAUCCUCACCUGGUCGCUCUCGUUGCAGGCCUUUCAGUGUUGCGGAUGCACUCGUUCGGAAUCACUACGACGCUUACUCCGUUUGAGCUCAGUACUCUGGCAGGAUCAAUCGUCCCCGCUGUAACAUUCACCAAUGCUGCAGUAGCUGCUCUAGCAAUGAAGCUCGCCCACAUGAUCUUCUCUUCCCUCAUAACCAAGCAGCACCGCACAGCUAUUUCUCUUCAGCACUUCAUUAAGAACUCUAGAAGGACAUUGCUGAUAAACGAUGAUCUGCGACCCUCAAAUCCAGCCUGUGUCGUAUGCAGUGUCCCUUACUACAUUCUGAAAGUGAAGGAUGUACCUCCCCUUUCCGUUGAUGCUGUUAUCGAGUAUCUUACUAAAGAAUUUUCCUCUACCAUCUCUGCGAUUUACGGGGACGGUGUGCUACUUUAUGAAGAUGAUACGCCUUCAGGGUGGACGGAUGAUAGUUCCACGCCAGGAACGAAUGAUGAAACAGAACACGUCCAAAAUACUUUACAAUCUGCCUCUCAGAUUUACGAUGGUGAGAUUUUAAAAAUAAAAUAUUCAUCUCACACCCAGAAGCAGCUCUCUAUGAAUGUUAUGGUGCGGACGGACAACACGCUAGAAGUAGCAUAUCUGUUUACUGCGGGCCGCGCCUAA